CGCAGGGUCUUCACAUCAGCACCAUCUUCACCUUUACCUUCACUUCCACCUCAUCAUCUCGACCUGCAUAUUUCGCCAUCAUCUUUUCCUUUGGAGUUUGGGGACGAUGAUGUUUUCCAUUCAACACCCUUUUUGUGCCCUCUUUCAAUAUUAAUUCUUGUCCUUCUCUUUCUCCCACCUGUCCUUCCACUGUUGCCUGUCAUCGAAACAAUCAUCACAAACAACCAACGAUCGAUCCUGGAUUAGAUACUUGCUUCGACUUCCUCCGCUAUCAUGGCUGCUCCUCCGUCUAAACAAUGGGGCAUCACUCCUCCCAUGUCAACCGCGCUUCCCGAGUCUAUUGACACGGAAAAGACGGCCGAUUUGAUCGAAGAACUGAAGAAAGAAAACAACUAUGAACCCCUCGAAGCAACUCAGAAGAGGAUGGCUACGCUCGGAUUGCUCAAUAGAGUUACUCAAGAAUUCGUGAGAGAAGUGAGUCGCCGGCGGAGGAUGCCCCCUUCGCAAAUCGAGCAGUUCGGUGGCAAGAUAUUUCCUUACGGAAGUUAUCGUUUGGGAGUAUUUGGACCUGGAUCUGAUAUUGAUACUUUGGCUGUGGCUCCAAGACAUGUCACUCGCGAAGACUUUUUCGAAUACUUCCCAACCGUGCUCAAACGAAUGACUGGCGAAAGUGAUAUCUCGUCGCUCACACCUGUGCCAGAUUCCUAUGUCCCCAUCAUCAAGCUGGUCUUGAACGAUAUCGAAAUCGACCUGAUCUUUGCCUCGAUCGCUAGUCUCCAGACUAUUCCGAAGAACCUGACUUUGAACGAUAACAACUUGCUUACCGGGUUGGAUCAAGCAACUAUCCGAGCAGUCACAGGACCACGUGUGACAGAUGAGAUCUUGAGUUUGGUGCCCGAACAGAAGACCUUCCGAACCGCUUUGAGAGCCAUCAAACUUUGGGCGCAACGAAGAGCUGUAUACGCCAAUAUUGUUGGUUAUCCUGGUGGCGUGGCAUGGGCAAUGCUAGUUGCAAGAGUAUGCCAGUUGUAUCCACAUGCAGUUGGUGCCACGCUCGUGGACAAAUUCUUCUUCGUCAUGAAGUGCUGGGAUUGGCCAACACCGGUCAUGUUGAAAGACAUCGAACAACCAAAGCCCUCGCAGGCCAAUGAGUUCAAGGUGUGGAAUCCGGCGCUUUACAGAGGUGACAAGAAGAUGUUAAUGCCUAUAAUUACCCCUGCUUUCCCGAGCAUGUCGGCUACAUACAACAUCUCCAAGUCUGGCAAAGCUGUCAUCCUGCGUGAAUUGGAAAGAGGGAGCCAGAUCACAAACAACAUCUUUGCUGGCAAAGCACGUUGGGGUGAUCUUUUCAAAAAGCACUCUUUCUUCACUGCUGAUCACAAGUACUACUUGGGAGUCACUGCGAGCACGCUUAACGCAGACUCGGCCAAACAGUGGGCAGGUUUGGUUGAGUCCAAAGUCCGUAUUUUUGUAAUGCUAUUGGAGGGCAUUCCAGACAUCACUCUGGCUCGUCCGUUCACAAAGGGUUUCAAGAGGGUCCACAAAUGUUCAGACGAAACUCAAAUUCGAGAAGUCCAGAAGGGUAGCAUGAAAUACAAGUUCGAAGACACCAAAACUGUCGAAACCACCGACCCAGAACUGGUCACCAGUAACGGUGAUGGAGCUGCUGUCCCAGCUGCCGAUGGUGCCCAGCCAGAAACAGAACAAGGCGCUCACACCGUAUAUACAUACACUUUCUACAUCGGCAUCGACACGACUGCCAAAGGAAGCCUCAAUAUCGCGCCAUCUUUCCAGAAUUUCAAGGAUAUCUGCGAGGGCUGGGCAAGCUUCAAACGAGACUUGCAUUUCCUCACCCUCGCGUCGAUUAAGUGUUGGGACUUGCCCGAUGACGUUUUCGAUGCUAAAGCUGGCGAAGUCAAACCCAGCAAACCUGUCAAGAAGAUUGCAAAGCCGGUCAAGGCGGAUGCUAAGUCAGGUGUUCGGCGAAGUAUCAACGAAGUCGAGGCCACUGAAACCAACGGUGAUACCGCAAAGCGGCAGAAAUUGAUGACACCUACACCUGCUCCUACUCCCACUCCAACACCUACUGCAGCCCCGGCUUGAAAAAAAGAGAUAAGCUGACCAGUAGCACCAUUGCCACAUUGUGGCAUCCUUCAAAAUUGCCUCACAAGAUGACCUGAUGUGGGUUCGCGACGCGACCGUUCUCGUUGAUUUCGAGCAUCGUUGCUCCUCAGAUGUCAAUCGUUAUGAAACACCAAAAAAAGGUGAAAAGACAAAAGGACAAAAAAACAAAGAAAAUGUUGCAGCCAAAAAGAGCUGACAACGAUCCAAGUGAAGUCCCGUAGUUACUGAAGAUACUAACCUGCAUACAGCACAUUAUGCAUCAGAGCACCGUGCAACAGCAGAUUGGACUUCGUUCGAAUGGUACGAUCGAGCCCCAGAGAGGCAUGCGAUGUGGAAUAUACAGCUUGAUCCUACAAGAGUGUCGAUUGAAUGGUUGCGGUCGACGGGUGGAAAGGAUUACGGAGAGUCGAGGCGCUACAGAAGACAAGAAUUCUAGUUUCGAAGAUUACUACGGGGCAAGCAGGCACGAAUCUGCUGCAUAUGUACAUAAUAUUCACAAAUCACUUGAGUACGCAUUACCAGCAGACAGACAGAUACCAAAUCAAUACCAGAGAGAUUUCGAGGUUUUCGAACCUCGCAAGACACACAGAC